CACAGAAAGAGAAACCAGCUCAAGUAAUUCACAAAUCAAACAUGUUCCAAAAAUUUGUACUUUUUCUAUCAGAAAUUUGAAAUUUAAAAUCAAUCAAAGAGCUUAGCUUUAGCACCUGAUCGAAUCGAAUCGAACCGAUUUGAGUAGAGUCGAAUCCGUCUUUCAAUGGACUCGGAGUUCUGGACCUCCCGCCUCGCCGCCGCCAAACGCCAGUACACGAUGCAGCACCACCACCAGAGCUCCCACUUCGAUCGGUUAAGCAUCGAUGAUUUCGAGGUAGAAGACGAGGUCCGACCCGACUUCCCGUGCCCGUAUUGCUACGAGGACUUCGACAUCGCGUCCUUGUGUUCCCACCUCGAGGACGAGCACUCCUGCGAAUCUAAAGUCACCAUUUGUCCCAUUUGCUCCGUUAAAGUUUCACGGGAUAUGUUAAGUCAUAUCACACUGCAGCAUGGACACUUGUUCAAGUUGCAGAGACGUCGCAGAUUGCGUAGAGUUGCUAUUCCUAGCACUCAAGCACUGUCUCUCCUUGGCCGGGAUCUCCGUGAGGCUCAUCUUCAGGUGCUUCUAGGGAGCGGUGGAUAUCGAUCAGAAAAUGCUAAUGUGUCUAAUGCAGCAGCAACCGAUCCAUUCUUGUCAUCACUUAUUUUGAAUUUCCCUGCUUCAGGAGCAGAUGAAAUUUCAAAAUCUGUGGUAACCACUACUGAGGACACUUCUGCAAAGAAUGCGGUGCCAUCACAUAUUUGGAAAUCAAGUUUUGAUCCUACCUUGAGUUAUGAAGAGCGGGAGAAAAGGAUUCGACAAGCUACUGGAAGAGCUGGUUUCGUGCAAGAUCUGUUCCUCUCAACACUGUUAGGUGACUGAUUGGAGACAGUAAGUUGUAUCUACGAUAAUAAAAAUGAUCAGUUAUUCAAAAUCUUGUUAGGGGGCACUUAUGGGGCGGGUUUCUAAUGGUUUUAGCUUCUUAAACAACCGAAUAUGUGCCUCGAAUGAGAUUAGCUAUGAGUUUUUGAUCAGAAUAUCUUUAGCACCUUUUCUUCGAUAAUGUAAUGCGUUCUGAAGUCACGUUCGUUGUUUUAGUUAAUGGAGAAGAUUAAUUUAUGAUAGUUUUCGGCUUUGUACAUAUAAACGGGUGAAUGUUAAGUUUUCAGCAGAUCAAUUCAAUCCUAAUGAACAAUGAAGCUUUUCAAUUCA